AUGUCAAGAGUUGUACAUUUAUCAAAGAUAUUCACUUCUCCAAAAUUGCAUAAUACAAAAACAGUGAUCUCUGCUUGGACAAAAAAGUCACAUUUCCACAUCCAAAGCUGUUUAUAUAGCAGUAGUAAAAACAAUGGCAACAAUAAGGCAGGAGGAGACAAAUCCAAAGAAAAGGAUGCCAUUCAAACCCAUCCAUGUUCCAACCCAUCCCAGGACACCAAUAAAGAAAACAGCAAUUUGAAACUUAGGCAAUGCAAACCUUUAGAUAUAAACCCACUCAGUUCUCCUGUGAACUGUAAUUCAAAAAUCCCUUCCAUCAAAGACUGUCCUACCCCCAAUUUGAUGAGUGAAAUUCCUGAUCCCAAAUGUGGAUAUGAAGAACAUGAUGGAAAACAUAGGAGCAGAAACAAAACAAUUUUUUUAUUGGGAUUAUUGGUAGUGGCACUGACAAUGGGCGCAGUGUGGUUUGUGAGCCCCUUGGAAUAUAAAACAGAAAAACAGACAGAAAAGAAAGAGACAAGCAAAGGAAAGAAAAAACGUGCCAUUAUCAAAACACCAGCAAACUCCAAAGAUAUACCAAAAAAGGUACCUUACUUGCUGAUAGGUGGAGGUACUGCUUCAUUUUCUGCUUUUCGUGCCAUCAAAUCUUCUGACCCACAAGCCAAAGUUUUGGUUAUCUCAAAUGAAUCAUUCUAUCCCUACAUGCGACCACCACUAUCUAAAGAAAUAUGGUUCAAUGAUGAUAAAGAUUCAGUGAAGAAGCUUAUUUUCAAGCAAUGGAAUGGAUCAGAAAGGAGUUUAUUUUAUGAGCCAGAUGAUUUCUAUGUGGAAUGCAAGGAGCUGAUGGGAAGCCCAAAUGGUGGUGUAGCUGUGGCCAGAGGAUGGACCAUCACUGAAUUGGAUGUUGUAGAGAGAAAAGCCUACCUAGAUGAUGGAUCAGUCAUCGAAUAUGAAAAGUGCCUCCUAGCCACUGGUGCUAAACCCAAACUAUCACCUGUUUUCCAAGUGGCUAUAGCUGAUGAAAAACUGAGUGAACUGGUUAAGACAUACAGGAACGUUUAUGAUUUUGAGGAAACAUUAGAGAUGUUCAAUGACUCCAAAAGUAUAGCAAUCAUAGGAGGAGGAUUUCUUGGGAGUGAGUUGGCUUGUGCCAUGGCACGAAAAGACAAAAAGCAUUCAAAGAGGAUAUACCAGUUAUUCCCAGAAGCAGGAAACAUGGGCAAAAUCUUACCAGAAUAUUUGAGCUUCUGGACAACAGAAAAGGUGAAAGCUGAAGGUGUUUAUGUACUACCUCAAACUGAAGUUGUAGGAGUGAAAACUGAGAACAAUGGACUAGAACUCACUCUAAAUAAUGGAAAAACUCUAACUGUUGAUUUCGCUAUUGUAGCUGUUGGAGUUGAACCAAAUACCGACCUAGCCCCAAAAUCCGAUCUAGAAGUUGAUCCUGAUCUAGGAGGAUAUUUGGUCAACACUGAACUCCAAGCUAGAACAGACCUUUAUAUAGCCGGCGACUGUGCUUGCUUCUAUGAUCCCCGUUUAGGGCGCAGGCGCAUCGAACACCAUGACCAUUCUGUAGUGACAGGACGUUUGGCAGGUGAGAACAUGACAGGUGCCAGAAAGCCAUACCUGCACCAAAGCAUGUUCUGGUCAGACUUAGGGCCUGAUGUCGGCUAUGAAGCCAUUGGAAUUGUUGAUUCAACCUUGCCAACGGUGGCUGUCUUUGCAAAGGCUACUGAUAAAGACAGCCCUAAAGCCCUAGUGACUGCUACUGAUGAGGGCAUCAGAUCCAAUAUUGAACAAGUUCCACCAGAGUGUGACAAGUAUUUGACAGAAGAACAAAAGGCUGAGGCGGCUGAGUCAAGGAAGCAUUCAAGUGUUGCUGAUAAGGCUGAGGGUGAGGAUUUUGGAAAAGGAGUUAUUUUUUAUUUGAGGAAUGACAUUAUCGUUGGGAUUGUUUUGUGGAACGUUUUCAACAGGAUGUCUACCGCCCGGCAAGUCUUGAAAGAUCAGCGGAAAUAUGAGGAUUUGAAUGAGGUGGCAAAAUUGUUCAAUAUUCAUGAGGAAUAG